AUGUCUCAGUCAUUGGCGUACAGGCAUUGGCUGCGCGCGCUGUCGCUGUGGCCGAAGGACAAACUCAGACCGAAUCUACAAUUCCAAGAUGUGAUGCGGCGACGAAUCGACCAGAGAUUCGACCUCAUCGAGAACCCGGAUGCGAAGAACCCACUUGCGAAAACUGUCGUGGAUGAGAAGGCAGAGCUGGAGCAAGCCAAUGCUGCGUACUCGCUACUGGGCGAUCGGUAUGCGAAAAAGACUGAUGGUCUUGCCGCAGUUUCCCUUAAGCUCCUCCUUCAUGAAGCCGACGAGCAAUCCGGAUUAUUAUGA